CGCAAGUAAAAGGACAGCAAGCAUACUAUACGAUGCCACCAAAGAAAAAGCUGUCAAAGAAGGAGAAGGCCCGUCUCGAGGCCGAACAGGCCGAACUGCUCCGCAUCGAAAUGGAAAAGGAAAAACUAAAAAAGCUGGAGGAGGCGCGUCAGCGCAAGAAAUUGGAAAUGGAGCAGGCCAAGCAUCGCCAACAGCAGGAGGUAGCCGAGAAUCGUCUGCGUCGCGCUCAGCUGAAGGAUAGCAUGAAGUUCUUCGACGCCGUGCACACCACCAUAGAAAGCAUUAAGGCGGGCGAGCGGCAGGAGUGCGACUGGGAGAAGUUCAUGCGCUGCAAUGGACUGCCAAAUGCGGCCAGUCCCAGUGAUCUGCGCAAGUACAUCCAUCAGUGGCACGCGGACAUUGCCCAGCGACAGCUCGAGGCACGCAACUGGCUGCUGCGCACCGAUGAGCGCACCCUGCUCACCCAGGAUGCCAAUGUGCCGGAUCUGACGCGCUCCUCGCUCCGGCAACAGCAGGGCAACCUCGGCGAUGUCUAUGCGCAACGGAUCAAGGAGGUGCUCGGCAUUCUCAACGAACUGGAUGAAUCCCUUUCGUACACCCGGUCGCGGUCUAUUCACGUGGCCGCCGAUCUAGUCAAGCUAAAGACGGAGAUGCGAGUGUUCCUCAAGCAGCAUCUGGAUGAGUUUACCCACAAGACAAUGUCACACAUUGAGCGCGACAUGGAAAUCGAUAGGCCAGGCGUCUCCAAGCACAUCUACAGCUCAUCUGUAUUUCAAAGUUUUAUUUGGACAUUUUCCAAGGACGCUCAAAUAGCUGUCAAUCCAAAGGCGCGCAUAGGUGAGCAAUCGGCUCACAACGAGAUCGAUUUUCCCACCAUCGAGAUGAACAUCUCGCUGCCACCCACUGUGCUGCUGCAGAGCUCGGCACUGCGGGGUCUUUGGCUGAACUACGAUCACUUCAGUGACUACUGCAGCAGCUUUCAACUUAGACAUGCACGUUCCGAGAAUGCCACAAUUCUGCGACAAACAAAACGCGAGUGGCGCAAACGCAAAGAGAUUCUGCAAUCGAUGCUGGACGAAUGCGCCCGCGACAUUCCGCUAUCGGAGCUGGAGCAGCUGACACAGGAACAGCACUCGGCCAGCUCACAGCCGCCGCGUGAGCGCAGCUAUGAUGUCGACAAGCUCUAUGCCCAGUACGAAGAUGAGCUGAAUAAGGCGCGUCGUAGAGCCGUCGGACCGGAGGCCUACGGCAUGCUCGAAACAGAUGUGAAUCUGCGCAAGUAUCGCAUCAUUGGCGGCGUCUAUUGCAUCGAUUUCCUGGAGACGCCGCAGCAGGACAAACAGCUCAAUGCUCGCUCUUUUAUACGCACCGUUUCUGCGGCCAACAGUCUGAUGCAUAAGGACUAUUAUCAGACCUACAAGCCACCGCCGCCGGUGUUGCCGGGCGUGCGGCGACUGCCCGAAGAGAUUGAGGCCGAGAUGCGCAUGAUUGAGGCGGCACUGGACAAACUUGCUCUGGUCACUCUGCAGCUGCCUGAUUCUGUGAUUUGGUUUGAGCCACCGAUUGCCUGUCGCUGGGAGACGCACAUCGAGACACUCGAAUCCGAGCUGGCGGACGGCGUUAAGCCCGAUUUAGCUGCUGCUGCAACUGCAACUGCAACUGCGACAGCAGCGGCCACCACAGCCACGCCCACCGAGGCGACACCACUCUCAACGAACGCACAGCCCAGUCCGCUCAAGAGUUCGCCCCGUGCUCCACCCAAGCACCAGCUGCGUUCCCAAAAAUCGGAUCUGGCCGCCAUACAAACGCAAGCGCUGCGUGAAAUUGGCGAUUUCGAUUUGCGAGCGAUUCCUGCCAAUGUCGAUCUAUAUGGGCUGGUCAAGGAUUUUGUGGUGCCGCGACUGCCGCAGGGCUUCUGUGUGCGCCUCGAGCAACAGACGCCGCAAUCAAGCAACGGACAGCCGCAGCGACAGGUGAUGUUCCUGGCACGUCAAACUCAUGUGCGACUCGGUCAGCGUUCAGCAGCCAUGCAGGACGUUGCAACAGGAACAGGAGCAGCAACAACAAAACAACAAACGGACUCCACACAGCCAGCGAGCAAGUCCAUUGGCAUUGGUGCUGAGUUCCUGGAUUCAGCUGGGCCGGCAGAGUUAUUUCCGCCACUCUGCUUUGACAAACUGCUCAAGUUUCGUUCGCAGACCCGUCCACCGCCCGUGACGCCCAGAGGAUGUUAUCUGUUCUCGCAGCUGAUCGAAGACAUGGAUCGAUUGUGGCGUAUGCAGCUGCCCCGUGAGCAGCAGGAGCAGCUUCUGCAUGAAAUAUCAGAGCAGCUCUCAGCAAGCGGCUCACAGCACGAUGUUACCGAGGAGGAUCUAACAGAAGACGUGCGUCCACUUAGCCAGGAGCUUGUCGAAGUUCUGCAGCCAGCUGCAGCUGCUGCCGCCUUUGCCUACUACACGGGUAUCUCCUUUGUGCGGGACACACAGCUGAAGACCAACGAGACGGAGACGACGCCAAAGUCCGCUGCGGAAAGUCUGGACAGCAGCGAGGACGAUGACGAUAACGAGGACAGCCUCCUCGAGCUGCUCGAGGGCGGCGACGCCGACGGGGGCGGAGAGUCCUCCACAGGCGGCACUUUACAACAGGUGCUGAGCAGAAACAGCAAUAGUGACAACUGUGAUAGUGAAGCUCGCAGACAAAAACUGAGCAGCACAGCGGCCAUCACUCAGGGCAAGUGGAGCACACGGGAUGUGCACGACACCAAGUUCAAUGAGGACAAGCUCUCCAUACAAUUUCGCACGGGUCGACUGGGCAUUUUUGGCUUCGCUCUGAAUAAAUAUAGCAAUAUGCCCUAUCAAACUUGGGAUCUGCGACCUGAUUUGAAGAAUCCGGGCACAAUACUCUUUAGCUUCACCGCUUCGCUAAUCAGUUUGGACAUGACCAUUACCGAGUCCGGCUACACUGUUAAUAAUUUCCAGGGUGGCAGCACUCAGGUCAUUACGGACAUGCUUGGCAAGACUCUGUCCUUGGCCGAGCUGAAGGCGACACUGAUUCUCUCUGCUGUCGAUAUCUUCCCGGAUGAGGAUGCCUUCUGCUAUACGGAGGGCUCAUGCGAGAAAAACUAUGUUAUGGAAAUGCAUACGUAUGCCUGCAUUUCGACACUGGCCCUCUCGCACAACUUUAGCUGGUCGCGAUGGAAUCUAUUGGCUGGCUCACGGACCGCCGUGCUGCUCGUCAGGGAGCUCAUGGAGGGAAAGAAGGUGCCGUACUAUUCAACACUACUGGUAACCCCUCUCAAGACCUCGAUCAUUGACUGUACCGAGGUAUCGGCCAGUUUCAAUGCGGUUGGCAUCCCCGGCAUGGAAUACUAUGCGGACCUAUACCAGCUUUCCCAAGCGCAUGCACAGCCCGUCAAUAUGGAAAAGCAGCGAACUAUGAGUCCUAUUCUCAGAGACAAUGUUGCGAGCAUACUGAUUGGCAUAAGGCCACUCAGUUUUUGCUGAGCAACAACUGACUAGUGCUUUUAACAUAACCUAAU